UCCCUGUCACUCUGAAAUGGGUGCAGAUUCAGAUCCACUGACAUGCUACUCCCAAACCCACCGCAUCGUACUCCUCAUAGACCUUGACCCACUCCUCAACAACCACAACACCAACACUUACAUCAAAGCACUAAUCUGUGCCUUGAAAACCCUCCUCUCCUUCCCUCCCCUAUCUUCCUCUCUCUUCGCCUUCAAACCCUUCUUCUCGUCCCUCUCCCCUCUCCUCUCCGCCUCAAAGCUCCACCCAUUCCUCCCCAACUCUUCCCACUCUCUCUCCUUCGACCACCCUUCCCACACCCUCACACUCCUCUCUCACACCCUCUCUUCUCUCCCUUCAUUCCCUCAACACCACCGCUCCCCCAAAGCCUCUCACCUCGCCUCUUCCCUCUCUCAACUCCUCCAUGACUACCCCUGGGAACACCCUGACCACGCCCCACAACCCGUCCCACACAAUUUAGUUCUCUUGUUCUCUCCCACUUUCUCCACUUUCCUCUCUCUCGCCUCCUUUCUCCACGCCCAAAAUGACGUCGUUUCUUGUCCUUCCUCGUUUGGUCAGACUCUUCUUUCGGUUUUCGGUAAUGUUAGUCGUGCUUUUACUUCCAAGGGGAUUUAUUGUAGUUGGGUUGGGGUUAAUGGCGUGAUCGAGACUGAUAUUCAGAAUUACGAGGUUAGAGAGAUUCAUCGCUUGUUUGAGGUUGGGCUUCGGAGUUUGGGAUGGGGCUUUUGUGGUUUGGACUCGAUUCUGCUAGGUUCGGGUGUUGUUCCCUUUGGUUUGGUUUAUCCCAAGAUUGGGGUUUCGUGGGGGAAAUUUUGUUGUUCUGAAAGGGAUGUUCGUGCGGAGCUGAGUCUUGGGAUCUUGGAUGUGAAUGGGAGGCCUAUUGAGUAUAAUUGUUGUGACCUUGAGUUUGUUGAUUUGAAGGUUUUGGAUAGGGGUGCGGAUGUUUGGGGGAAUUCAGAGUUGUCAAGUUUGCAAGGUGGGGGGUGUGAGAGAAUGGGGCGGUUUUGGGAGCUGUGUUUAGGUGGGAUUGUGAGAUUGGAGGUUAAGGUUGUGCGGAGGUGUGAUGCGUUUGUUAAUGUAGGGGAGUGGUUGUCUGAGUCAGUUCUUGUGCGCGAGGUUUUAGGGGAAUUGAAGAAGAAAAACAAGGAAGGUUUUGAUGAGGUUUUUGCGGAUAGAGUUCUUGAACUUGUUGCGUGUGAAUUUGGUUGUCAGUGGCGCCGGAAGUCGGUACCUGUUUGGCAAAUGCUCUUGAGUUUUCUUUAUAAGGAAGGUUACUGGGCAUUGGUGUCUGUUACAAAUGACAAAGGUGGUUCAUGUUUGGGAGUUCUACGGCCUUUUACUGUUUUUUCUGCUCUCUUGUCUGUAUUAGGGGAUCCACUUGUGGCUUGUGAUUUUGGUGAAGCAAAUGUGGCUCAAUAUGUUAGGAUGGUGGAUGAUGAAAUUUGCAAACCUGUUUGUAAAUUUAACAAGAAUGAGGGUCAUCAGAAAAAGAAAAGGAUGGAUUUGAAUAUGAUUCAAAACCACACGUGGAGCUCAUUCUGUAAUUCUGUGUAUGAUCAAUUUGAGAUAGAUUUGCUUGAGGUUUAUUAUGCAUUGGAAUGCAACAAGUCAAAAAAGUUGAAAUUUCUGAAAUGUUGGAUGAAACAGAUGAAGAAAUCUGGCUGUUGGGAUCUUGCUUUGACAGAAAAACUCAAGCCAAACCUGACAGAUGUAGAAGAGCUUAACAGUAAAUUGAAUGACUUAACUCAAAAUCGUGAACUGCCAAUCUCCUCAUUUGCCUCAGCUGAAACUAACCCUGAGCCUGAAGCUAUGAGAAUACAGGACGAAACUGAGCUUGAUUUUAAAUCAGAAACGUCUGAAGCAUUUUUCAGUAAUCUUUCGAACAAGAUCAAUUGGGCAGUUGAAUCUGAAGUCAUUGACCUGGGGGCUUUGGCUACGCGACUUGUGACUUCAUCUAUACACUGGCUAUGUCAGAAGGUUGAUAGGCAAACUAUUUCUCAGAGUCAUUCUCCUUUAAAAGAUUAUGGUACUUGUGGUGGCAUGAUUGCAUCUGAACUGAUAAAACUUCUAUUAAGGGAGCCCAAGGAGAUAACUGCAAAGCAUAAAAGCCAAAAUCCAUUCUCUGAGGCAUCCAAUUCAGUACCUGCUACAUCAAUUACAGAACAUGUUGUUAGAGAAUAUGAACUGCAGAUUUUAUUUCGGAUGGAGAUUUUACUAUCAGAGGUUGGAACUGGAGUUGAGGAUUCCAACAAACAAAAGUUUGUAAGACAAAUAUGCCUGCUUUUAGAGAGCAUUCAGUGCCACAUGAAAGGAGGAUUCUUUGGUGAUUGGAACCUUGAAAAUUAUGUGGCAAAGACCAUAAAAGACAGGUAUUCACUCGGUCUUGAAGAUGUGGUUCAGAAAAUCUACAAUAAAAUGGACCUGCUGCUGUUUGCUGAUGAGGAUGAAGCCCCACAUAGUUUACUCAACAGUGAGGACAGCAACAAAUCCUUGAACAAAAAAGCAUACAGAGAUGAAGUGGGUGAAAAUGAUGUCAGUAAUGAACCUGUUUCAGCGGAAAAUGAAUCCUAUCAUUUGCAGAAGGAUGAGAGUGGAAGAUUCCAAAGGAAUCUAGAGAAUGAACAUAAAAAAAUUAUUGAAGCUAAGGAGAGGAGAGAGAGGGCACGGAGAUUUUCAUCUUUCACAAGUUGGAUGCCUGAUUUACAGAGAGUCUGGGCCCCAAAACAGAAGGUUAUGAAAACCAAGACAGGUCCCCUUCGGAAGGUAUCAAAAGGAAAGGAGCGACAAAGGGCAAGCUAUGGCACUGUAUGUGAGACCCCAAUGGCAGGAAACAAACGUUCAAACCCAUGGACAAGUGGUUCAGAUGAUGAUAAUCACCUGGCUAAUGGGAGUCAAACAAGUGGCUCAGUUUCUAAGGCUUUGUUUAAGGAUGAUCUUUGAUGUGAGUAAACCAUACCCACCUUUCAUAGAGAAAAUGUAUAUGCAAACUUGAAGAACAGAAUAACUCAAUAUCGGUGCUUCAGAGUUCAACCACAAAUUUUGGAAUGCAGAUGUCUGGAUCUGAAGUUGAAUUUGCUUUCCAAGUGUUCAUCACGUUACUUGUAUACUAACAUGACCAAUUGAUUCGCUAAAUUAUAAUAUAUUACUUAGUAAAUUAUUCAUUUGC